GUUUUAUAUAUCUGUCAACACAAACUUGAGUUCAGAUUCAGGUCUGCCUGCAGUGCAGACAACAUCCCAUACACGAAAGUUAUUUGCUAAGACGGCAACGCUGUGUGCGAACCUUUCUUGGAACUCUCCUGAUGGAGCCUUCCACUGGUUGGUUCCCGCUGCUCUAUCUCCUCAGCUUGAUAUCUGCCGGUCUGUCUUGUUUUUGUGACCGGUACCCCUGGGGCUCAUGGUCCGCCUGCUCCCGGACAUGCAACCACGGCACACAGAGCAGACAUAGGAGCUUAAAAUAUGAUGAUUACUACUGGAAGAACAGCUGUCGUCAGCUGUGCCAGAGACAUGACAGGAGGGCUUGUAAUGUGCAGGCUUGUCCCAUAAAUUGCCUGCUGACAGAGUUUGGGCCCUGGUCUGACUGCUCGCCCUGUGCCAAGAAGCAGUUACGGACCAGGUCCAUCCAAACACCAUCCCAGUUUGGUGGUGCAUCAUGCAGUGUGGAACUGAUGGAGGAGAGGCCCUGUUAUCCUGCCACAGAGUGCAAGUUGCCACCAAUCGACUGCCGCGACAACUUCAAAUGUGACAAUGGACGCUGCAUCAACACCACGCUAACUUGCAACAAACAGAACGACUGUGACGAUAACUCUGAUGAGAGGGACUGUAGUGACUUCAAAGUUGUUUGUCCAGCCGAGAAGAGAGUGGCUCCUGGUGCUGACCUGGUGGGGAAUGGGUUUGAUGCGCUUGCAAAUGAGCCGAGGGGGGUAGUCCUGGACAACAUGUUUAUGGGAGGAAGUUGCAUCAUCAGGAGGCCUCAGAGCACGCUGCUUUACCAUCGGAUCCCUCACAACUUUGAGAGCUUUGACAUUAAGGUUGGGGUGACUGAAGACUUCAGCACGGAUCCCAGCCCUCUGCACUCUGAGUCCAUUAAUGUGAAAAAGUCCAUUUCCACUGAAGAAAAGAGAAAUAAACAGAUCUUUGGUCGGCACUUUUUCCGCCCUUUGACGUCACAUAUAAAAUCAAAGGAUGCAUUUGAAGCCUCAAAGAAAACGGAUUCCAUGUUUUUCCGGGUGCAUCAGGUUCUGCCUGUGUCUACAUUCAAAGUGCGGGACCCAAGCGAUUUGGUCUUGUCUGGACCUUUCCUCAAGUUCCUCCAUGCUCUUCCCCUCCGGUACGACUAUGGCCUGUACAGGAACAUCUUUCAGCACUUUGGAACACACUACUACAGCUCAGGCACACUAGGAGGCCUCUAUGACCUGCUCUACCAGUACAACCGAGAGGAGCUUACCAGUUCAGGUGAAACAGAGGAGCAUGUUAAAGGCUGUUUGGGCCGAGAGACUAAAUGGACAGUUGUCCUCUACACUCCACAGAGGGCUCUGCCGAUGUGCUCUGACAACAAAAUGACUCAAAAUUAUCAAGGCUCAUACAUUCAGGCAGCGGAGAAGUCUUACUCUGCGGUGAAAGGCGGAAGAACCAGAGAGGCAGCAUCUCUGGCUUGGGAGAGGCAGGGUCCACGUCCUGAUCAAAACUCCUACAAGAACUGGGCCAAGUCUGUCCUUGAUAAUCCCGCUGUGGUGGAUUUCAAGAUGCAGUCAAUCAUAGAUCUGGUGCAGGGGUUCCCCUGUGCAGUCACAAAGAGGAGGCAACUGAGGAAAGCCUUGCUGCAGUACAUGCAAGAGUUUGAUACAUGCAAGUGUGCCCCCUGUCCCAACAAUGCCCAAGCUUUUCUUUCUGGUACUGAGUGCAAGUGUGCCUGCCAGACUGGUACAUUUGGCCCCAACUGUGAGCAGCGUGCUCCUGACUACACUUCAGAGGAAGUAGAUGGUUCCUGGAGCUGUUGGGGCCCGUGGAGUCGCUGUGGAGCCUCUAUGAAGAGACAUCGCAGAAGGAGGUGUGACAACCCUGCCCCCUUGAGAGGAGGCCAACCCUGCAAGGGUCCUGACAGUGAUGAGGAACCAUGUCACAUCUCCCUUUUCAAACAACACGAAACAUGUGACAAUGAUGAUGACUUCACUACGGGAUGGAGGGACGAGCUUCCUCCUGGUGUGCAGGGUUGUCCCAGGCCAAAGCCGCCUGAAAACAGCUUUCUCAGGAAAGCAAAGCAGUACUAUAACUUUGGUGAGGAUGAAGACUUCCGUUGCUUCACUGGAUUUGACCUGGAAGGUUUCCAGUUCAUCAAUUGUCUUCCUGAUGCGACAUGGACUCAACCAAAAGGAAGUUGCCGCAGAAAGAUCUGUCUGCCCCCUGAUAUCCCCGAUGGCAUGAUGCUGUUCCCGAACAAAGAAGAGUACAAAGUGGGUGAUUCAGUGAGUUUUAACUGUGUUGAGGCGGAUUUGUUGCCACUGCCUCGAGGCUCUUACCGGUGCAGCAACAGUCUCAACUGGGAACCUCCCUUACCUACAGGACUGCACUGCAGUGAUGCGGAACCAUUUGAACCUGACACUCAGUGUGGUCCAGGUGAGAAACGUCAAGGCUCUCAAUGUGUCUGUAUACAGCGGGAAAGCUGCCUAUCUGAACUGGAGAAUCUCUGCAUCCUAAACAUUGACAUCAACGUCACUGUGCCGAUGUCCCUCUGCUCCUUCCACGCUGGCCGUUGCCACGGCGAUCCACUCUUCUUUGUCAGCGAAGGUGCCUGCGACACUUUGGAUUCGGAUAAACUGGAGUGGGCCAGGUUCAGAGCCAAGUUUUCCUCAAAGAGUUCCGUCCAGAAGUCGUGCGAUCUUGACACAUGUUACGAAUGGGAAAGCUGUUCAACAUCUAAGAAGUGUGAUUGCAUGGCUGCUCGGGACUGUCCCAGAGUUGAGGAGCACAAGUUCUGUCUGAUGCUGACCAGCAUCCAGAGGACUCGCAGCAUGAACCUUUGCUCCAUGGCUGCUCUGAAGUGUGCCAACUAUCAAUUUGAGAUCCUCAAUGAAGGUGUCUGUGAAUCCAGAUAACCCAAAAUGACUUCAUUAUAUACGACCAGAAACACUGGUGAAACAUUACUCCAAAAUGUGCUACAAAUGUGUUGUUAUUGUGAGUCUGUUAGUCUGCUGUUAACAUCACCACUGUAUUGCCCCAACCAAUUCCAAUUUGUUCAAUUUUGCAAACAAAAUUUCCUAUAGUAGUUAAAACUGUAUGUAAAAAAACUAAAUCAUAUAUCCAUAUUACUUAUGACUUGCAAAGAGCAUGCACAGGAAAGGGAGGAUGUCACACACGGCCAACUUUUGGGUGUACAUUCCAUUCUUCUUCUUUUAUUACUAUAGUUUACCUUUUGUUGACUAGGCCAUAUUGUGCUGAGCAGCCUGGACAUAAAGGCACAUGUAAUGAAUAUCUGAUCAUAUGACUAAUUUGCAUCAGAGACCAAGCCAACUGGUCUUUGUUUUAGUUUUGCUCUUUGCUAUGACUGGUACACAUUUGUUAUGGCAUCACAAAAGCAACCUCAAAAGUCA